AUGCCCAAAGAGAACAAGCCAAAGCCUAACAAGGAGGAUAAGAAGCCGUACCAGAAACAGGCUUCAGCUGAAGCCGGUCCAUCCAACGGCAAGGCUAAGAACAAGGCACCCGCAAAGAAGAAGCAGCCGACAGUCGCUGCCCAGGCGAGCACGAGCACCCCGGCCGUGGGACCUGCGGCGCCGGUUGUGUAUGGGCCUCCUAACCGGGACCCCAUGAUCUGCAUCGUUGAGUUGAAGCAAAAGAUGAACUUCAAUAACAACGAGCUCGUCUUUUUCGGCGGCAUGCCUCGGGAUGAGCUCCGGAUGUGGGUAUCGGACUUGCGUAUGCACAUCGCCCGCCAUGAUCAAGGUCAAGUCCAGCAUGGGUCAUUCGGCUCCUCGUCGUCAUCGACCUCUUCCUCCACCGCAGUCGCGACCACCAACUCGGGAGCUUCGCACCCAGCCUCAGUCGCCUCCACUUCGGACCCCGCGCAUGGCCAGCAUGGUUCAUUCGGGUCCCCAUCCUCCUCCGUCUCUUCCGCUGUAGCGGCCGCGGCGGACGGCACGGUACUUUCGGACCCGUCCUCGGCCUCUGCCGAUCCUACCCAUGCAGAAGACCAGCCGGCCGCACUCGACUCCCCGUACCCCUCAUUCCUCUCCUCCUCCGCCGCCACCGACCACCAUUCGGGGCCCUCAACCCCUUCCUCGACCUUUACCAGUCCACUCCUUGCGGCGUCUAGUCCCCCUUCGACUCCAUCGUCAGGUUUCUCCCCUUCGACGUCCGUGCCCAGUAGCCCGUCCGCAUCGUCUCCAUCCGCGUCCUCUUCGCCUUCGUCCGUUCUCGUCACGCCCACCAUCGGUGGUAGGGCCCGGCUCGCUGCAGAAGACCAGGUCGUCGUCACGGAGGACUUGCCUCAUAUGCUAUAUAUCCCGGACUCGCCCUCGCAGGUGCAAGUUUGGUGGGAGACCCACCCAUACAAGGACAUGGGGUAUGAGUCGAUCCGCGAUAUGUGGGGCGAUGACGACUUGGAGUAA